CAUGUAUUGAAUGCAUGUUUACUUUGACUAUUGUUUUGAUUACAAUUGGAUUCGCAUUGAGUUAUGGAUUGAAACAAAACCAUGUUUUUGGCCACAAAUCAUAUGAUUGCGAAUCAGUUUCGGACACAAACUCUGUUGAGACAGAGAUUGCAGUCAUUGAACGCCACCGGAGGACAAGCGCUGAGACAACGGUUGGCCACUAAUGGCGUACGCGAUGGUCGGUCGGUAUGGGAUCAGCUGAGGGAUGAGCUGAACGCCAAAGUGAUACUCUUUGUGACACUUCUGAGACAACAGUCCAACGUUUACAUGAGUUUACGGCUGCGACGGAUGGCACAGAUCUGCGGCCUCUAUAACCGGAUUUACAGCGAAUCGACGGUCAAUAAACUCAUGUCACAAAUGCUGAUCCGUCUGAAGGCUCGAGCGCUGCAGUCGUUGCGCAACCGCUUGAGUGGCGACAAGAAGGCCAACGACUCGAUCAAAUGUCUCAUGUCUGCCGUUUGCGGGCUCUUCUGUUGGGACAGUCAGCGCAUCACUGAUGGAGACCUCAGGCAAACCAUACGUGACUUUGAAACUGUACAGAGAGUGGGCGCCAGUAAUCGGAUCCCAAACAAUGACAAUAUGCCGAAGAGUACCUCGUUUUCAGUGUCCGCAGAGACGCACAGUAUGAAUGAUAACGACGGCCAAUGGGAAGCCGUUAUUAUGAGGGAUGACUUCAAACUGUGGCGCAAAGCGAUUCCCAACACUUCUCUCUAUCAAUACAAAGUUUUUGGUACAUUCAAUGACAUCCCGGCCCGAAGUUUCUUCAGAGUACAAAUGGACACCGAAUACCGCAAGAAAUGGGAUAAACUGGUGAUCAAACUCGAUAUCAUUGAAAAGGAGCCCUUUUUUGCCGAUAAAGACCAACAGAGUUGUGAAGAUUCCGGGAAUCAAGUCCUGCAUUGGAUUAUGAAAUACCCGUAUCCGAUGAAUACCAGAGAUUACGUGUAUUUAAGGAGAGCCCGAAUCGAUAUCAAACAGAAUCUAAUGGUUUUGGUCUCGAAAGCGAUUGAAUUUCCCAAAUUGCCGGAAACUACACAACACGUGCGUGUCGUUGACUACUCGUCCCAAAUGGUGAUCAAACCGCACACCAGUUUCGAUGAGUGCGGCUUUGAUUAUCUGCUCACAUACUUUGACGACCCGAGGGCUGCGUUCCCGUCGCCCGCCUAUAAUUGGAUGGCCGUCAGCGGUGUUCCCGACUUUGUCCAGAAACUACAUUCGGCUGCUUUGCAGUUGUAUACGUCUAACAAUCAUAAAUCAAACCUAUAUUCUUGUAAUGGUUACACCGGUAAUAGCUCUUCGCAUUCCUCCGAAUGCUUUUACGCCUAAAACCUAUUUUGUUUGAAAAUAUGAUUUUUAUUUUAUUCGCAAAUAAUCUUAGAUUUAAUGAAUAGAUCUAUUAAUCGAUUGAUUAGUCAUUUAUUUUAAUAGAG